GGAGGGUGGAGCAAAAGGGGGAGGUGAGGAAAGCGGAUGAAGUAUUUGAAGCUUAUAUUGACAUACUGCUCUGCAGGCUCUUGUGAGAACAGUCAUGGACGGUGUGUUGGACGGAGCGGUGGUGUUGUCUGCCUGUAAGCUGGUCUGCAGUCUCCUCUUCCUGCCGUCUCUGGUUGCGUCCCACAGUCCCGUCAGCUUCUGCUGCUGUUCCCUCUUGAUCUUCACAGACUUCCUGGUCACAGCUUCCCUGAGUUUCCUCCGCGCCUUGAAGUUCUGGCUGACUGAGCUGAACCCAUCGGCAGACGUCAUAGCCCUGCGGUUCCUGCUCUUCCUCAGCCACACCUAUGGAGCGGCGCUGCUCCUGACCACGUUUCUGAUAGCCAUGGAAACCCUGAUCCGAGUGCUGUGGCCUCAUGCGGCAGCUGCUGCGGGGACGGCGGACCGUGAUGGGGAGGCGGAAGAGGACGGCAGCGUCUCAGAGGAAGGCGACAGCUUGCCACAGGUGGUCGGUUUCUUCUGCUGCCUGUCGCUGUGGAUCGCCGUGGCCUUCAGCGUCAGGUGGCAUGUGAAGCUGGAGGAAGGGUGGACCGCUGCUUGUUUGGACGCAACAGACUCUCUGGUCAGAUGUCUGCCUAACUUUUUCAGUGCCAUGCAAAGCGUCACGAAUCCCUGCUGGAGCGUGGCCUUCCUAAUCCUGCUCGGGCUCUUGCUGUCCGUCAACGCAGUCCAGCAGAGAAGAAACCAGAGCCCUGCGGAACCGAAGAGCAUACAGGCCUUGCAUAGAGCUACGCCCGCAACCGUCAAGCUAGCGCAUCCGGAGAUGUUUAUGGCAAAGUGUGUCGACAGAGACUGUGUCCUCGUCUCCCAUGACUGUUUGCCUGAAAAAAGGGGAAGACAGGAGCUCAAGAGGGCACAGAGACAUGUUUUGCUGCCUUUUAUCAGAGAGCAGCACAUAGAUUGUAAUCAAACGAGCCGGUGGCAACUGUGGCGUUUUCCGAGCCUGGAGGAGAACGCAACAAUAGGUUAUUUUAGCAUCCUUUGCAUUUUCAUGCUACCCUUCUACCUGAGCGUGAAUAUUCUUCUAAUCAGGACUAUAGACGCUCUGCUGCAGGGUUGCAUCAAGUCUUUACAUUCAUAUGCAGCCAACAGGAGAGACUCACCAGCCCCUCGAAGAGUAACACAGGUAUAAAAAAAAAACAAAGCAAGACUGAUGAGUGUUUGCAACGGAGCCAUGAAGAAUGACGCCAGUGUACAGAUGGCUGUUUUACCUGUUAACACUGCUUUGACAGGAGCGUAAACACACCCUUCCAGGCAGCUAUUCCCUUGAUGGGAGUAAUAUUUGGGAAAGGGCAGAAAGGGGUUCAGAGGGGGCAGGUCAGGGCGUGCUUGCAGAGAGACUACAACUACACCUGGCACUUUUUAAACUCCACAGCGCAUCGGUUUCCUCAAACGUUUGUCUUUACACAGAACGACAGCUGAUGUGAAAUUAAUCCCGGGGCAAACAGCGUCCUGAAAGGCGUAACUUAAAGUCUGCUGAUGGUGCCUGACUCAGUGGGGGCAAACGGAUGGAGUUUUUCUUUCUGUUGAGUCAUUCAGAUUAAGAUUACAUACGUGUUUCUGUAUGUGGUGAUUUACAAUAGUAUUCAUGCCUCUUUUUGACAUUUGCCUCAAUACAACCACAAACCGUAUUAUAGUUGAUUGGAAUGAUAAGUUACAGACCAACGCAAAGUUCUGCAGAUAUAUGAAGAAAAAAUUCAAAUGGGGAGUUGUUGUUUUUUAACGUUUUCAUCCAAUAAAAGUCUGAAAAGUGUGACAUGCAUCUUUAUCC